AUGUACAAACUUUAAACCAAAAGGGUAAAAGCUGCUGCUGGGCAGAUGUGGACUUCAAAUCUCUCCAAGAUCCGACAAGCUUUAAAAAAUGUUUACCAUAAAUGUAAGAACAACCCAGAUUCAACUAGACAUCCAACUAUGACUUCCUAUGAUUGUGAUCAAGAUGACAUGAGUACUGAUGAAGAAAUGAAUCUUACAGUAAUGCUCCAAGAUAUUAAAACUGCCCAAAUUGAACUCCUCAGUCAAAUGACUGACAUUCUCAGUGUGGUAUCCAAAAUGCAGGAAAAUACUGACUUUUAUCAGAAGCAGAUGGAGAUACUGGAAACCAGAAUGAAUGUUAAUGAAGACAAACAAUGUACAGUAACUAAAGAUAUCUUCUCUACGAAGAAACACAUUGAUGCUUUAAAGAAGAAGGUAACAGAACUGGAAAGCCAGAAUUGUUGCUCCAGCAUACAUUGUUUAGAAGUUCUGGAAGGAGAACUUCUGGGUAAAGAGAUCGUAGAACAACUUCACAACUCACAACCAGAAACUUUGAAGAACACAUUGGCUUCUACACACGAUAGAAUCUCUUCAGCAGAACCAGAAAAAGUGCCCAGUUGUCCUGAGCCCACUGAUCAUUUUGAGAAGAAAACAAUUUCCCAAAAAACUAAAACUCCGAAAAAAAGUAACGACCAAAAUGCAUUAAGAAGCCUUAGAAAACCAAAGUCAAAUAUUUAUAUUUAUCCAAACUUUAGUACAUGGAUCAAGCUAACUUUUGCCCAUGAAGGAAAGUGGAGAUUUUUCCUCAAAGCUACCAAGUUACAGGAAUUCAUCCAGGGGCUUCUUUCUAAGCCAACCAUCCCUCCUGAGGAACCACAACUCAUAAUCCAGAGAUAUUGUCCCUUCACUGGGCCUAUUGCGAGUUUGACGGCAUUCUGUCUCUCUGUUUUCAACUACGUUUAUUGUCUUUUUGGUUUCUCAAAAGAGGAAGUAACUCGACUAUAG